AUGCUACGCUGGGUGUUCACCAGGAAGGCGCACCACGGCAAAGCUGUGAUUGCGCUAAUUGUGCCCGCAGAACGAGGAGCAAUUGAAGCGGGACCACCGCAAAUGGAUGCUCUCGUUCUUCGAGUGGCUAGCAGGGCUUUGUGGGCGUCCCUGAACAGCCUGGACACGCUCAUGUUGUCAAGGCCCGCACGUCGCCUGCUCUCGACGAAGGUGUCCAGGCCGCUGCAGCCCGUCACGAAGACCGAGUCAAAGACCAAUUCAGCGGCCGCACAACAGGACGCAGGUGCCAAGGUCAAUGACCGCUCGGACGCCAACCCGUGGAGCCAUUUCGCCGCCUUUUCCAGCAUGGACGACUACGUGGACGUGACUCUCAUCCAGUACGGAAACGACGAGAAGACCAACAAAGACGACAAGGAGGAAUGA